CCUUAGAGUGAUCGUUCUGUAAAAGUGUAUUAUAUAAACUACGACCAUUUUGUGAAAGUGGUAUUCUACCGACUGCAUAAAAUGUAUCAAGGCCAAGUGAGCAACGAAGUGGAAGCUCGUUCCUAUUUGGCUGAGCGUUUUGAAUGUACAAACGAGAAUUGUCGGCGUCGCUACAACGUGGCCGAGUGUCCCGAUCUCUACGAUAUGAACACGCAGGAGUACUAUUGUCGCGACUGCCACUCGCUUAUCAAAUAUAUCGAAGGAAACCAGCUGGAAAAGAACUUCCAGAGCAUGCAGGACAAGAUCAAGAGGCAGAUCUACUCCUUGGAUCUGAACGAAAUGGACAUCGGGAGCGAGAUUUCGAAGCUUUUCAACCAGAAGAUCCACUCCGAAAACCCCCAGAAGCUCAUUGAGCAGAAGAUUUUGCAGGAGUAUAACAAGGUUGUGAUGCGGACUGCUUUGGAUUUCUUGUAGGACGGAACGAGUACCACGCGAGCCAUCAUCGGUAUGAGUGGUUUGGGAGGGGGAGGAGGUCGCUCGGGCGGCUAUGGCUACACGGAAUCGGCAGUGAGCCAGUUGAGCAUCGAAGUGUCGAUGGAAGGCGCGACGAAUGCGAAGCAGGCUUCGAUGUCCGAGGCGUUGGCGCUGCCGUCGUUUCUGACCGAGAGCACAGUGGAGGAGACGUAGGCGAUGAGAGAGAAUGUGGAGCUAGGCUGCGAAGACACGCAAAGGAGAAGGAGGAGGAAGUGGAAGUGGAGGAGAAGAACGAUGUGGUGUUUAGUCCAUCUCUGUUCGACGAUUACUUCCAGAGACCUGGGGGAAAUGGAAUGGUGCGAGGAAGAUAUUAGUGAAAUCCAUUGAUGAGUUGAGUUUCCAUCGUAUACGAAUGAAUGGUUUAAAAGGAUACUGCAAGUUUUGAAUGAAUGAAUGAAAGAAAGAAAGAAAGAAAGAAAUAGAAA